UCUCGUCUCCUCCCCAUCCAUCUCAUGUCAGCAUCUCAAACAGGCAGAGAAGAAAAUCUGGGAGAGAGAAAAACUCAUGGAGAUGGCGUACGAGGAGGCCAUCAGCAUGAGGGAGGAGCUGCGUAGGAUCUCCGGCGACCCCAUUUUUGUCAAGCCUAUGAUGCAGUCUAACGUCAUCGGAGGGUUCUGGCUGGGCCUCCCGGCGGAGUUCUGCCAGCAGAAUCUCCCGCGGCAUGACACGACGAUCACUCUAGUGGAUGAGGCGGAAGCCGGGACCGCUGCGUUCUACCGUGCGGAUAAGACUGGCAUCAGCGCCGGGUGGAGGAGGUUCGUCCUGGAGCACGGCCUGGUUCAAGGUGACUGCCUGGUGUUCCAGCUCAUCCACCCGGCAACGCUUAAGGUUUACAUCGUCAGAAAACAUUGAUGCAGGCAUGGAGGCGUGAGAUUCACGCGCUUGGAUCUAGCAGCAGACUGUCGGGAAUGCCACAUACAUUGCCUGAAUAAUUGAAUCGAG